AUGGUAAUACAAGGAAUCGGAACCCAUCGCAGUUCAUCUAAAGGAGUUGUGAAAGUGAACAUCAAACCUCGAAUGAUAUCAAUCUCCAAUUUCAACGAAGAAAUUUACUUCAACGUUCUUACAAAACUCACUAUUCCACUACCAUCUCAAAGCUUCGACGUGAGUUAUUGGAAUAUUCCAGAAAACAUAAAUUUAGCAGACCCAGGUUUCUUUGAAAGCGGAGAGAUUGAUAUGAUCAUAGGAGCAGAAUUCUUCCUAGAUCUAUUGCAAGAUGGGAAAAUGAAAUUGUUCGACAUUGGUCCGAUCAUCCACAACACCUCACUCGGCUGGAUUGUUUCUGGGCCACUGCCAGAUCCACACGACCUGACAGCAACGACCGUUUCAUACGCCUGUUCGACAGCCGAACUUCAAGAUCAACUAAGCAAGUUUUGGGAACUGGAAACAUGCUACGUGAAAAGUACCAAUUCAAUCGAAGAAUCCGCGUGUGAGGAAAUGUUUAAUCAAACGACAACUAGAGAUGACAGGGGACGUUUUCGAGUAAGUCUCCCAAAGAAACACGGCGUGAUCGAAAGGCUUGGAGAUUCAAGACGAAUUGCAGAGAAACGUUUUCUUAAUUUGGAGAAACGUUUCGCCGUCAACCCACAGCUUAAAAAGAUGUACUGUGAUUUCAUUUCUGAAUAUCGUUCCAUGGGUCACAUGGUUGAAGUCAAUGAAAGCGAUAUCAGUGACGUAGCAUAUUACAUGCCGCAUCAUGCAGUGUUGCGGCCAAAUUCUACAACAUCGAAGCUACGUGUUGUUUUCGACGCGUCUUGUCGAACCACGUCAGGACUAUCACUCAACGAUGGCUUGAUGGUUGGGCCAACUGUGCAGGACGAUCUCUUGUCAAUAAUUUCACGUUUUCGCAUGCAUCAGGUGGCUAUAACGGCAGAUAUCGCCAAAAUGUAUAGGAUGGUCAACGUACAGAGACAAAAUCCUGGUGAAAUGCUACGAGCUUUCGAGCUCACCACCGUAACGUACGGGACCGCUUCAGCUCCCUUUUUAGCAACACGAUGUUUGCAACAGCUCUCAAUCGAUGGAGAAUCUUCGCAUCCAAUUGCUGCAAAAAUUCUACGAAACGAUUUUUACGUAGACGAUCUAAUCACGGGGGUAGACGAGCCUGAGGAAGGAAAGCGUUUGGUAAUCGAAAUGAUUGAUCUUCUCAACACCGCUGGGUUUAUACUGAGAAAAUGGAAUUCAAAUUGUGAAAGUGUUAAAACUGAAAUUCCCGACGAUCUUCGAGAUGAUCGAAGCUUGAUUGCAAUUGAUGCAUCAUCCACCGUGAAAACUUUGGGUCUCACAUGGGAUCCGGUCAACGAUUGUUUCACAUUUUCAGUCCCACUGCGGAACGAAUCUUCGAUUAUUACCAAGAGGAUAGUUUUGUCUGACGCUUCGAAAUUGUUUGACCCUUUAGGUCUCAUUGGUCCUGUUAUAGUGCAGGCAAAAAUUUUUAUGCAAAAAUUGUGGACGAUAGACAGUAAUUGGGAUGACCCGCUGUCGGAAGAUCUCCAAGAGUACUGGAGCGAAUACCGGAAAAAUCUCACCUCAUCAAAGACAUUUUUCAUUCCGCGUUGGAGCGGAUUCAAACGCAAUUGCGUCGACGUACAAUGGCAUGGCUUUUGUGACGCAUCUGAGAAGGCGUACGGAGCAUGCAUCUAUCUGAGAUGUUCACAAUUAGAUGGUUCAAUCACUAUUCAACUGAUGACUUCUAAGUCACGAGUAGCUCCUCUAGACGAGACCAGAAGGAAACGAAAGAAGCAAUCGAUUCCUCGACUGGAGCUAUCAUCUGCCCUUUUGCUCAGUCACCUUUUCGACAAAGUUCAUCGUAACAUUCCUGUCACAGAAAAGGCGUAUUUCUGGACAGAUUCCACAAUUGUGAAGUGCUGGUUGGCGUCUAGUCCAUCGCGUUGGCAGGUGUUCGUCGCUAAUAGGGUGUCAGAGAUCCAACACCUGACAAAACAUGGUGUAUGGAAUCACGUUCCGGGAACGGAAAAUCCCGCUGACAUUCUCUCUCGUGGGAUAACUCCUCAGGAGCUGCAGAGACAACACAGCUGGUUCAAUGGCCCAGCCUGGCUGCAUCAACAUCCGAUGAACUGGCCAAAAGAGACACAUUCAACGGUUGAAUAUUUUGAUUCUGCGAUUUUGGAAGAAAAAGUCAGUGUGUCAAUGGUUACACAGCAUUCUUGCCGGAACGAUAUAUUUUAUCUACGAUCCAGCUUCCCGAAACUGGUUCGUUUAAUAGCUCUCAUUCGCCGGUUUCGUCAUAAUGCUCAAGAAAGGCAUCGCUAUUGCCGAAUUGGCGGACCGAUAAAUUCCAACGAGUAUAAAAUAGCCAUCGAACAUCUUGUUAGAUUAUCACAGCAGGAAUCUUUUCACCGUGAAUAUCUCAACUUAGCGAAGAACAAACAAGUGGAACAUUCAUCGAGAAUUCGUUCCUUAUAUCCACUGCUACAAGAUGACAUAAUAAGAGUCGGGGGGCGUCUUAGACACGCCUCAGUGUCAGAAGAUCGGAAGCAUCCUAUAAUUCUGAACAAUCACCAUCCAUUGUCUAAGUUGAUCCUCGACUAUUAUCACAUCAAGUUGUACCACGCAGGACAACAAAUGCUUAUCGCCAGUGUUAGAGAGAGAUUUUGGAUCACAAAUAUCAGAAAACUUGCUCGGAAGGUAAUCCACAAGUGUGUGAUUUGUUUUCGGGCCAAACCUCGAGCUACUGAACAACUGAUGGGAGAUCUUCCCCCAGAACGUGUCACUCCAGCUCCACCAUUCCUCAGGGUAGGAGUGGACUAUUGUGGCCCCUUUCAUGUAACCUAUCCCAAUCGACGAGGAAGUCCAAUGAAAUGCUUUAUAUCGAUUUUCGUCUGCCUCGUCACGAAGGCAGUUCAUUUAGAGCUAGUAGCCGACUUGACCACCGAAGCGUUUUUAGCUGCUCUAAAGCGUUUCAUCGCACGGCGCGGAAAACCCAUUACUAUGAUGUGCGACAACGCGAAGAACUUCGUUGGGGCAAACCGUGAGCUCAAGGAGUUGAGAAAUCUGUUUUACAAACAGCAAUUUCAAAAUUCAGUCGUCAAGGAAAUGGCAGAAGAUCGAAUAGACUUCAAAUUCAUCCCAGCUCGAUCUCCGAAUUUCAGUGGGCUCUGGGAAGCUGCUGUCAAAUUAUUCGAGGGCGCUUUUAAAAGAACGAUCGGCACAAGAGUUCUGCAGUACGACGAAAUGCAUACGGUGCUUACGCAAGUCGAGGCGAUUUUAAACUCGAGACCAUUAACUCCUUUAAGCAAUGAUCCAGGCGACUUUGAGGCCCUCACCCCAAGUCAUUUUUUGGUGCAAAGACAACUAACAGCAGUUGCUGAACCUGACCUAGAAUCUGUUCCAACCAAUCGAUUAUCACUCUGGCAAAGAACCUAA